AUGGGUUCCGGAGCUUCCACUCAGGGUAACGGGGAAAAUCCCGAGAUCGUGGCUGAAGCGCAAUGGGUCGUUAUCCGCGUGAAGAACAAAAUCAGGAAUCAACCCAUAUCUGUCAAGAACGCAAAACUCAAGUGGGGCAAAUUCUACGACGGAAACGACCAGGACAAUGAGGUUCCUGCCAGCGACAUAAACAAGCUUGAUAUUCAGCCUAACAAAACAGGGAACAUUGCUGCGGCUGGCCGCGCGCAUGCUGCGUCCGAAGAGGACGAUUAUGGUGUAACUGUGAAAGCUUGGAACCGGAAGAACGGUGCGCUAGGGCAUGUGGAUGUCAUUGUUUCUAAAUACUAG